AUGGAUAAACAGACAAUUGUAAUUGACAACGGUUCUGGUUACAUAAAAGCCGGAUUGAAUAUUUAUGAUGAACCGACCAUAGUAUUUCCAUCAAUAGUUGGACAUCAUCGAAACAAUGAAAUCAAAAAAAGCUACGUUGGAGAUGAAGCAAUUUUUCAUGAAUCCGAAUUAUCAUUCCAUAGACCAAUUGAUCAUGGACACAUAUCUGAUUGGGAUUUGGCCCAAAUCACGUGGGAAUAUGCAAUAAAAUGUGUUGAUCAAAGUAGAAAUGUUGAAAAUAUCCUUUUGACCGAACCCCCCUUGUGUUCAACAUCUCAUAGAACAAAAAUGGGUGAAAUGUUUUUUGAAAAUUUUGACUUUAAAAACAUAAAUAUUUCUGUAUCAGGGUUAAUGUCUAUAUAUGCUACUGGAUUAACAACAGGAUUAGUGUUAGAUAUAGGGGAUGGGGUUACGCAGUGUAUACCAGUAUUUGAUGGAUAUAUAGAAAAAAAUUCUAUUAUACGUUCUGAUUUUGGUGGUGAAGAACUAAGUAUGUUUUUACAAAAGUUAAUUUGUGACAUGGGUUAUAGUAUGACAACCAGAAAAAAUUUCGAAUAUAUAAAAACUAUCAAAGAAACAUUGUGCUUUUGUUCUUUAAAUCCACCAAAAGAUCAAAUGAGAGAUGAUUUAGCAGUUACAUAUACCUUACCAGAUGGAGAUGUUCUAAGAGAUGGAUACAAUUCUGUGGAAAUAUCACAUGAGCGUUUUUACGUUCCAGAGGCCUUGUUUAACCCAAAUAUUUGUCAUAGAGAUAGCCUAAGCAUCGUUGACAUUGUGUGGAAAUCUAUUUUAUUAUGCCCCAUUGAAAAUAGGAAGACAUUAACUAGCUAUAUUGUACUUUCGGGGGGAUCUUCCCUAUUCCCAAAUCUUGAGGAACGAUUAGAGAGAGAAGUGAAAAAUAAUGCUCCGGAAAAUGCCAGAUCAGCUGUAAAGGUUCACGCGCACGAAAACAGAGCUAUUAUGGCUUGGUGUGGUUCAAGAAUCUUUUCACAACCCGAGCUAAGGGAAGCUCAAGAAGGCUUAUGGAUAUCAAAAGAAGAGUACGAGGAGAUUGGAAGUAACAUUUUUUUGAUCAAAGCAACUCUGAAGCUUACUUAG